AUGCUUAAAAUUGGAGCAAGAAUAAAAAAUGCAGUGAGAACGCUGACGUCGUCAUCAGGUCGAAAUGCCAGUCCAAAAUUGGCACCACUUCAAGAAGCUGCUUUAGAAGAGCGUUGUAUUUUGGUAGACGAAUUUGAUAAACCAAUCGGUGGUGCGUCCAAAAGAAAUUGUCAUAAAGUAAAUGCUGAUGGAGAUGUACUACUCCACAGAGCGUUUAGUAUAUUUUUAUUCAAUAAUUCUGGAGAUUUAUUGUUACAAAAACGAUCUGCGAAUAAGAUAACAUUUCCCAGCUAUUAUACAAAUACAUGCUGCAGUCAUCCACUGAUGGAAAUUCCUGGUGAAAAUGAAGAGACCGAUGCAAUUGGAGUACGCAGAGCGGCUCGUCGUCGCUUGUUUUAUGAGCUAGGAAUUCCUACAAGUGAAAUAGACUUGAAUGAAUUCUACUAUUUAACGAGAAUUCAUUACCAUGCAUUAGGCGAUGGUACGUGGGGUGAACAUGAGAUUGACUAUGUCUUGUUUUUACAAAAAAACAAAGUAACACUAGAUCCAAAUCCCGACGAGAUCAGCGAAAUACGCUGGGUAUCUAAAUCAAAUAUUAAUAAUUUCCUUAACGAUUGUCACGCACCUCUUACUCCUUGGUUCCAGCUAAUUCUUACACACAGAUUACCUUUGUGGUGGGACAAUUUAAAUAGUCUGCACAAGGUACAGGAUCGUGAUACCAUUCAAAGAUUCACUUAG